UUGUUUUUUUAUGUACUAUUUCAGGCGUACCUUCCGCGCGACACACCCGAGCCUCUGCGCAUAUACAGAGAUGAAGAGCUCGUAAACCUCCGAGGAAAAGGGACAGGUGUCCUAAAAGAAUGGGACCGAGUUUAUGACUAUGCAUACUACAAUGACUUGGGAAGCCCCGAAAAAGGUAAAGACUACGAACGUCCCGUGCUCGGCGGCACACAGUAUCCCUACCCUCGUCGAGGAAGAACAGGUCGUCCACCCAACAAAAAAGACGAUAGGUUCAAUCAAAUCAAGCUUUCGGACUUCAUUGCGUAUGCGCUUAAGUCUCUCGGUCAAGUACUGGUCCCUGAGGUUAAGGCUGUGUUUGACAAAACUAUAAACGAGUUCGACUCAUUCCAGGACGUGCUUGAUUUGUAUGAGGGAGGGAUUAAGCUGCCAGCUGGCUACAUGCUGAGUAAAAUACGAGAGCACGUCCCUUGGGAGCUGGUGAAGGAGCUCGUUCGUUCGGAUGGAGAACGGUUUCUUAAGUUUCCAAUGCCUGAUGUCAUAAAAGAGGAUAGAACAGCAUGGAGGACUGAUGAGGAGUUUGGACGUGAAAUGCUGGCUGGGGUGAACCCUGUUGUUAUUCGACGUCUACUGGAGUUUCCACCGACUAGCAAACUUGAUCGUGCGCAGUAUGGGAAUCAGGAUAGUACCAUCACAAGAGAAGAUGUUGAGAAAAACAUGAAUGGGCUGACUGUGGAACAAGCCAUCGAGAACAACAAGCUCUUCAUACUCGACCAUCACGACUCACUAAUGCCGUACCUCAGGCGAAUCAACACAACCACCACAAAGACUUACGCCACACGCACGAUCCUUCUUCUCCAAGAAAACGACACACUAAAGCCACUGGCAAUAGAACUAAGCUUACCCCACAACAAUGGAGACUCACGUGGAGCAGUCAGCAAGGUAUUCACCCCGUGUGACAAUGGAGUCGGGAAUUCAAUUUGGCAGCUGGCUAAAGCUUAUGUGGCGGUUAAUGACUCGGGCUACCACCAGCUCAUAAGCCACUGGCUAAACACUCAUGCGGUGAUCGAGCCAUUUGUGAUGGCGACUAAUAGACAGCUUAGCGUGCUCCACCCAAUAUACAAGCUACUGAAGCCACAUUUUCGUGACACGAUACACAUAAACGCCUUAGCCCGGCAAAUACUCAUUAAUGCAGGCGGCAUACUUGAGAAGACUGUGUUCCCAGCUAGAUAUUCUAUGGAAAUGUCUUCCUUCAUUUACAGGGACUGGAAUUUUACCGAGCAGGCUCUCCCUGUUGAUCUUAUCAAAAGNUUUUUUGAACUGUUAGGAAUAGCAAUCCCAGACGAGACUCGGCCCCACGGCCUAAAACUCCUAAUCGAGGACUACCCGUAUGCAGUCGACGGGCUCGAUAUCUGGUCAACCAUCGAGUCUUGGGUCAACGACUACUGCCAUUUUUACUACCCAACAGACGACAAAGUUCGUGAAGACACCGAGCUCCAGUCCUGGUGGAAAGAGCUUCGCGAAGUCGGGCACGCUGACAUCAGCGACAAGCCCUGGUGGCCCAAAAUGCACACAAAAUCCGAUCUCGCCAGCUCGUGCACAAUCAUCAUUUGGGUAGCCUCAGCUCUCCACGCAGCCGUAAACUUCGGUCAGUACCCUUACGCGGGAUAUUUACCAAACCGCCCCACCGUCAGCCGCAAACUAAUGCCCGAGCCCGGGACUCCCGAGUUUGCUGAGCUGGAGUCGAGCCCGGAUUCGGCUUUUUUGAAAACGAUAACAGCACAGUUUCAAACUCUGCUUGGAGUGUCGCUUAUUGAAAUAUUGUCGAGGCACUCGACUGACGAGAUUUAUCUCGGGCAGAGGGAGAGUCCGAAAUGGACGGCGGAUAGUGGGCCACUCGAGGCUUUCGGGAGGUUUGGUGAGGCUUUGGUGGAGAUUGAGAAGAGGAUUGUGGAGAGGAACUUUGACGGAAGGUUCCGGAAUAGGUGUGGGCCUGUUAAGGUUCCGUAUACCUUGUUGUACCCGAACACGUCGGAUUAUACGAGGAGUGGAGGGUUGACUGGCAAGGGGAUUCCGAACAGUGUUUCGAUGUGAAAGUACCGAUUUUUUUUUUUCGACCAACGGUUGUUAGGUGUUUGUGCGGAGUUUGGUGUCAAUAGUGUGGUAUGCAUAAUGAUUUGCUUUACAUGUCAAUCAAAUGUGUGAUGAAUGGGGUUAUUCUUACUGGAGUCUGAAGAUAGAAACUAGAAAAGGAUGUGGAAUGAAAAUUAGUGCAACUUUUUUUUUUUCAGUUGUGUGAAGAAAAAUUGUACCAAAUGCAGAGCACACUGAAUAAAAUCAGUUUCUCUCAAAUCCAAAGGUAAAUAAAU